GCGGCGGGUGGGCGGGGCUCGAAGCGCCUCAGCGCGCAGGCGCCGACCUCAUGCUGAGCGCCUUGCGUCGCGCUGUGGCCCGAGGAGCCGUCCGCUGCACCCGAGGUCCCCGGGUGCCCGAGGCUCGCGCCGCCGCCGCCGCCACCGCCAUGUCCCGGCCGCUGUCUCCACCGCGAGCCGCCUCGGGGCCCCCGGUCCGGCCCGCUACAGUGCUGGGCACCAUGGAGAUGGGGCGCCGCAUGGACGCCCCAGCCAGCGCCGCGGCCGUGCGCGCCUUCCUGGAGCGCGGCCACACGGAGCUGGACACGGCCUUCAUGUACAGCGACGGCCAGUCCGAGAGCAUUCUGGGCGGCCUGGGCCUCGGGCUGGGCGGCGGCGACUGCAGAGUGAAAGUCGCCACCAAGGCCAAUCCCUGGGAAGGGAAAUCGCUGAAGCCUGACAGUCUCCGGACCCAGCUGGAGACAUCACUGAAGCGGCUGCAGUGCUCCAGGGUGGACCUCUUCUACCUGCAUGCCCCUGACCACGACACCCCCGUGGAAGAGACGCUGCGUGCCUGCCACCAGCUACACCAGGAGGGCAAGUUUGUGGAGCUUGGCCUCUCCAACUAUGCUGCCUGGGAGGUGGCCGAGAUCUGUACCCUCUGCAAGAGCAACGGCUGGAUCCUGCCCACCGUGUACCAGGGCAUGUACAACGCCACCACUCGGCAGGUGGAAACGGAGCUCCUCCCCUGCCUCAGGCACUUUGGAUUGAGGUUCUAUGCCUACAACCCUCUGGCUGGGGGCCUGCUGACUGGCAAGUACAAGUACGAGGACAAGGACGGGAAACAACCCAUAGGCCGCUUCUUCGGGAAUACCUGGGCUGAGACCUACAGGAAUCGCUUCUGGAAGGAGCACCACUUCGAGGCCAUUGCCCUGGUGGAAAAGGCCCUGCAGGCUGUGUACAGCCGCAGCGUCCCCAGCAUGACCUCGGCCGCCCUCCGGUGGAUGUACCACCACUCCGGGCUCCAGGGUGCCCACGGGGACGCAGUCAUCCUGGGCAUGUCCAGCCUGGAGCAGCUGGCACAGAACUUGGCGGCAACUGAGGAAGGGCCCCUGGAGCCCGCCGUCGUGCAGGCCUUUGAGCGAGCCUGGCACCUGGUUGCCCACGAAUGUCCUAACUACUUCCGCUAGGCCGCACCCUGGCCCGAGCUGCCAAAGGUUUCUCUCCUUUCCGUCACAUCUUCUGUUCUCUCACCCUGACCAGUCUGCCUUAAGUUGAUUUAGUGUGGUCUUUUUGAUUGUCUGGAUCAAUGCGUUAUUUUUCUAGAUUCCCGUCUGGUUCCUAGUUGCCCUCAGAAUGUGGAAACGCUGGGGCUGUGGUCCCCUUGGGAAGUUCCUGUCUGAAUAAAGCAGGCACUUGACCUGGCUGUAGCCCAGGCCUUGAGUAAACCCCA